AGGUCCUCCUGGGCGAUAGGUGGGCAGCUACAGUCUUCCCAGUCCCCGGGUUGGGGAGUGAGUGCACCUGACCCAGCAGGCGUGGCAAACAGGCGUGGCGGCGGGGCUGACGUGGCUUGGAGCAGGCGUGAUUCAUCAGCGGCAGCGGAGCGAGAUGGGGACGAGCACAGCCGCCGCCUAGGCGCGUCCCCCGCGCGAUCUCCCGGUCCGUGGCCUGGCUCUCGGAAGGCCAAGAUGGAAGAGACCCUGAGGAAGCUGCAGAGGGACGCCUCCGGGAGCAAAUACAAAGCCAUUAAGGAGAGCUGCACCUGGGCCCUGGAAACCCUAAGUGGCCUGGAUACUGUUGUGAAGAUUCCUCCCCACUUGUUGAGAGAGAAAUGCUUGCUGCCUCUCCAGUUGGCUUUGGAAUCAAAGAAUGUGAAGCUGGCCCAACAUGCUUUGGCAGGGAUGCAGAAGCUCCUGUCAGAAGAGAGGUUUGUAUCCAUGGAGACAGACUCUGAUGAGAAGCAGCUGCUCAAUCAAAUCCUGAAUGCCGUGAAAGUGACGCCUUCACUCAAUGAAGACCUGCAGGUGGAAGUGAUGAAGGUUUUACUGUGCAUCACCUAUACCCCAACAUUUGACAUGAAUGGGAGCGCUGUGCUGAAGAUCGCAGAAGUGUGCAUCGAAACCUACACAGGCAGCUGUCACCAGCGCAGCAUCAACACUGCCGUGCGUGCAACUCUCAGUCAGAUGUUGAGUGACCUGACUUUACAGUUACGGCAGAGGCAGGAGAACACGAUAAUUGAAAACCCAGAAGCCCCACAGGAAUUCAGGAGUCAAGGCUCAACAGUAGAGGCCCUUUGUGAUGACGUUGUCUCUGUCCUUGCUGUCCUGUGUGAGAAGCUACAAGCCUCCAUAAAUGACAGCCAGCAACUGCAGCUUCUGUACCUGGAAUGCAUUCUCUCCGUGCUCAGCAGCUCUUCCUCCUCCAUGUACCUGCACAGGGGCUUCACCGAUCUCAUCUGGAAAAGCCUCUGCCCUGCUCUUGUUGUGAUCCUGGGGAACCCCAUUCAUGACAAAACCAUCACCUCUGCUCACAGCACCAGCACCAGCACCAGCACCAGCACCAAUGUGGAGACAGAUUCUGCCUCUCUCACUGUGUCUGACCAUGGCCGAGGCUCAGGCUGCUCCUGCACUGCACCCACCCUCAGUGGGCCUGUGGCCCGUACCAUCUAUUAUCUUGCAGCUGAGCUUGUUCGCUUAGUGGGGUCAGUGGACUCCAUGAAGCCAGUGCUCCAGUCCCUCUAUCACCGAGUGCUCCUGUAUCCCCCACCCCAGCACCGAGUGGAAGCCAUCAAGAUCAUGAAAGAGGUACUUGGGAGCCCACAGCGUCUGUAUGACUUGGCAGGACCAAGCUCGACUGAGUCAGAACCAAGGAAAAGAUCUAUUUCCAAAAGAAAGUCUCACUUGGAUCUUCUCAAACUCAUCAUGGAUGGCAUGACAGAAGCAUGCGUUAAAGGUGGCAUUGAAGCCUGCUAUGCGGCUGUGUCCUGCGUCUGCACCUUGCUUGGGGCCCUGGAUGAACUCAGCCAGGGGAAAGGCUUGAGUGACAGUCAAGUACAGCUGCUGCUUCUGCGCAUUGAAGAGCUGCGGGAUGGGGCUGAGUCAAGCCGGGACUCCAUGGAAAUUAAUGAGGCUGACUUCCGCUGGCAGCGGAGAGUGCUGUCUUCAGAGCACACGCCGUGGGAGUCAGGCAAUGAGAGGAGCCCUGACAUCAGCAUCAGUGUCACCACAGACACAGGCCAGACUACCUUGGAGGGAGAAUUAGGUCAGACAACACCAGAGGACCACAGGAAUGGGCUCAAAUCACCAGCCAUUCAGGAAGGCAAGGAGACCGUGAGCAAAGUGUCAGACUCUGAUGCCGUAGACCAGCCUGAUGUGGUUCAGAGAAGCCACACAGUCCCUUACCCUGACAUCACUAACUUCCUGUCGGUGGACUGCCGGACAAGGUCCUAUGGAUCUAGGUAUAGUGAAAGCAACUUCAGUGUAGAUGACCAAGACCUAUCGAGGACAGAGUUUGACUCUUGCGAUCAGUAUUCCAUAGCAGCAGAAAAGGACUCAGGUAGGUCUGAUGUGUCAGACAUUGGGUCAGACAACUGUUCGCUGGCUGAUGAAGAGCAGACUCCUCGGGACUACAUGGGCCAUCGGUCCCUGCGAACUGCAGCUCUGUCUCUCAAACUGCUCAAGAACCAGGAGGCAGACCAGCAUAGUGCACGACUGUUUGUCCAGUCCCUUGAGGGCCUCCUUCCCCGGCUCCUGGCCCUACCCAGUGUGGAAGAGGUGGACUCUGCCCUUCAGAACUUUGCCUCCACUUUCUGCUCAGGUAUGAUGCACUCUCCUGGCUUUGACGGAGGCAGCAGCCUAAGCUUCCAGAUGCUGAUGAAUGCAGACAGCCUGUAUUCAGCGGCACACUGUGCCCUGCUGCUCAACCUGAAGCUCUCCCAUGGUGACUACUACCGGAAGCGACCAACCCUGGCACCGGGCAUGAUGAAAGAGUUCAUGAAGCAGGUACAGACCAGUGGUGUACUGAUGGUCUUCUCCCAGGCCUGGAUCGAGGAGCUGUACCAUCAGGUGCUUGACAGAAACAUGCUGGGAGAAGCUGGUUACUGGGGCAGCCCUGAAGACAACAGCCUUCCCCUCAUCACCAUGCUUACCGAUAUUGAUGGCUUAGAAAGCAGUGCAAUUGGUGGCCAGUUGAUGGCAUCAGCUUCAAUGGAGUCACCUUUCACCCAGAGUAGGAGAAUUGAUGACUCCAUGGUAGCAGGUGUUGCAUUUGCCCGUUAUAUUUUGGUCGGCUGCUGGAAGAACCUGAUUGAUACUCUGUCAACCCCCUUGACGGGUCGAAUGGCAGGAAGCUCUAAAGGGCUAGCCUUCAUCCUAGGAGCUGAGGGCAUAAAAGAGCAGAACCAGAAAGAGCGAGAUGCUAUCUGCAUGAGCCUUGAUGGGCUUCGGAAAGCUGCGCGGCUGAGCUGUGCAUUAGGGGUUGCUGCUAACUGCGCCUCAGCUCUUGCCCAAAUGGCGGCUGCUUCCUGUGUCCAAGAGGAAAAAGAAGAAAGGGAAGCCCAGGAGCACAGUGAUGCCAUUGCACAAGUGAAACUAAAAGUGGAGCAGAAACUGGAGCAGAUGGGGAAGGUGCAGGGUGUGUGGCUGCACACAGCCCACGUCUUGUGCAUGGAUGCCAUCCUCAGCGUAGGCCUGGAGAUGGGAAGCCACAACCCGGACUGCUGGCCACACGUGUUCAGGGUAUGUGAGUAUGUGGGCACACUGGAGCACACCCACUUCAGCGACGGUGCCACCCAGCCUCCCCUGACCAUCCACCAGCCACAGAAGAAGACAGCUGGGAGCUCUGGCCUUCUUGGGAACCUUGAAUAUGAGAACUCAUCCCAGGAGCAGAGCCUGGAGCAAGGGCCGUCCCUGAACACAGCCCCGAUUGUCCAGGCACACUCUAUCCAGGAGCUUGUUCGGGAAUGUAGCCGAGGCCGGACAUCAGACUUCCGGGGAGGCUGUCUGAGUGGCAACAGUGCUGCCAAAGUUGUGCUCUGCCUUUCCACCCAGGCUGACAGGCUUUUUGAUGAUGCCACAGAUAAGUUGAACCUAACAGCCUUAGGAGGGUUCCUCUACCAGCUAAAGAAAGCAUCCCAGGCUCAGCUUUUCCAUUCCGUGACAGACACAGCCGAUUACUCUUUGGCAAUGCCAGGAGAAGUUAAGUCGACCCAGGAUCGCAAAACCGCUCUGCACCUGUUCCGCCUGGGGGACGCCAUGCUGAGGAUUGUGAGGAGCAAAGCACGGCCCCUGCUCCACGUGAUGCGCUGUUGGAGCCUCGUGGCUCCGCACCUCGUGGAGGCCGCCUGUCAUAAAGAACGCCACGUGUCUCAGAAGGCUGUUUCCUUCAUCCAUGAUAUCCUGACCGAGGUUCUCACUGACUGGAGCGAGCCGCCUCACUUUCACUUUAAUGAAGCACUCUUCCGGCCCUUUGAGCGUAUUAUGCAGCUAGAACUGUGUGAUGAAGAUGUUCAAGACCAGGUGGUCACCUCCAUUGGGGAGCUGGUUGAAGUGUGCUCCACACAGAUCCAGUCGGGAUGGAGACCUCUGUUCAGUGCUCUGGAAACAGUGCACAGUGGCAACAAGUCAGAGGUGAAGGAGUACCUGGUUGGGGACUACUCCAUGGGAAAAGGCCAGGCUCCCGUGUUCGAUGUGUUUGAAGCUUUUCUCAACACCGACAACAUCCAGGUCUUCGCUAAUGCAGCCACAAGUUACAUCAUGUGCCUUAUGAAAUUUGUCAAAGGACUGGGGGAGGUAGAAUGUAAAGAGAUUGGAGACUGUGUCCCAGGAGCUGGAGCCACAUCCACAGACCUGUGCUUGCCUGCAUUGGAUUACCUUAAACGUUGUUCUCAGCUAUUGGCCAAGAUCUACAAAAUGCCCUUAAAGCCAAUAUUCCUUAGUGGGCGACUUGCCAGCUUGCCACGAAGACUUCAGGAACAGUCAGCAAGCAGUGAAGAUGGAAUUGAAUCCAUACUGUCAGAUUUUGAUGAUGACACUGGUCUGAUAGAAGUUUGGAUCAUCCUGUUGGAACAGCUAACAGCAGCUGUGUCCAACUGUCCACGACAGCACCAACCACCAACCUUAGAUUUACUCUUUGAGCUGUUGAGAGAUGUUACCAAAACACCUGGUCCAGGGUUUGGAAUAUAUGCAGUUGUUCAUCUUCUCCUUCCUGUGAUGUCUCUUUGGCUCCGUCGUAGCCAUAAGGACCAUUCCUACUGGGAUGUGGCAUCUGCUAACUUCAAGCAUGCCAUUGGUCUGUCCUGUGAGCUGGUGGUGGAGCACAUUCAAAGUUUUCUACAUUCAGACAUCAGGUAUGAGAGUAUGAUCAACACCAUGCUAAAGGACCUCUUUGAGCUGCUGGUGGUAUGUGUGGCCAAGCCCACAGAAACUAUCUCUAGAGUGGGCUGUUCCUGCAUUCGGUACGUCCUCGUGACAGCAGGUCCUGUGUUCACGGAGGAAAUGUGGCGACUUGCAUGUUGUGCUCUUCAGGAUGCCUUCUCAGCCACACUCAAGCCAGUGAAGGACCUACUAGGCUGCUUCCACAGUGGCACAGAGGGCUUCAGUGGGGAAGGCUGCCAGGUGAGGGUGGCAGCACCAUCCUCUUCCCCAAGUGCGGAAGCAGAGUACUGGCGCAUCCGGGCCAUGGCCCAGCAGGUGUUUAUGCUGGACACCCAGUGCUCACCAAAGACUCCAAACAACUUUGAUCAUGCUCAGUCCUGUCAGCUCAUCAUUGAACUGCCUCCUGAUGAGAAACCAAAUGGGCAUGCCAAGAAAAGCGUUUCUUUCAGGGAGAUUGUGGUAAGCUUGCUCUCUCACCAAGUACUGCUCCAGAACCUGUAUGACGUCCUCCUAGAAGAGUUUGUCAAAGGCCCCUCUCCAGGAGAGGAGAAGACGGUCCAAGUGCCAGAUACCAAGUUGGCCGGUUUCCUCAGAUACAUCUCCAUGCAGAACCUGGCUGUGAUAUUUGACCUGCUGCUGGACUCCUACAGGACUGCUCGGGAAUUUGACACGAGUCCGGGGCUGAAGUGCUUGCUGAAGAAAGUGUCUGGCAUAGGAGGGGCAGCCAACCUCUACCGCCAGUCGGCUAUGAGCUUUAACAUUUACUUUCAUGCCCUGGUUUGCGCGGUUCUCACCAACCAAGAAGCUAUCACAGCCGAGCAAGUUAAGAAGGUCCUAUUUGACGAGGAAGAGAGAAGCUCAGAUUCCUCCCAGCAGUGCUCAUCGGAAGAUGAAGACAUCUUUGAGGAGACCGCUCAGGUGAGCCCCCCAAGAGGCAAGGAGAAAAGGCAAUGGAGGGCCCGCCUGCCUUCACUCAGCGUGCAGCCAGUGAGCAACGCAGACUGGGUGUGGCUGGUCAAGAGGCUGCACAAACUAUGCAUGGAGCUCUGUAACCAUUACAUCCAGAUGCACCUGGACCUAGAGAGCAGCUUGGAGGAGCCACCUGCCUUCAAGGGUGACUUGUUCUUCAUCAUCCCCUCCUUCCAGUCUGAAUCCUCCACCCCAUCAACAGGUGGCUUUUCCGGGAAAAACACACCCUCCGAAGAUGACCGCAGGGAGCAUCUCAGUGAGCCUCUGAGCCUGAGGGUGGGCAGCGGGGACAUGCUGAUACUGCCACCGAGCCCCAAGACAGAGAAGAAGGAUCCUAGCCGCAAGAAAGAGUGGUGGGAGAGCGCAGGGAACAAGAUUUGCACCAUGGCUGCUGACAAGACCAUUUCAAAGCUGAUGACUGAGUACAAGAAGAGGAGGCAACCACACAACCUGCCUCCCUUCCCCAAGGAGGUCAAAGUGGAUAAGAAAGGGGAGGCCCUGGGGCCCCGGGGUCCUGACUCCCCACUGCUUCAGCGGCCACAGCAUCUCAUAGACCAAGGGCAGAUGCGCCAUUCCUUCAGUGCAGGCCCAGAGCUGCUGCGGCAGGAAAGGAGACCCCGCUCAGGCUCCACCGGAAGCUCCCUGAGCGUCUCUGUGCGAGAUGCGGAGGCACAGAUCCAGGCAUGGACCAACAUGGUGCUGACAGUGCUCAACCAGAUUCAGAUCCUUCCAGACCAGACCUUCACUGCUCUGCAGCCAGCAGUGUUCCCAUGCAUCAGCCAGCUGACCUGUCAUGUGACUGACAUCAGAGUCCGUCAAGCUGUGAGGGAAUGGCUGGGAAGAGUGGGCCGUGUCUAUGACAUCAUCAUUUAGAGGACUCAGAUCCUAAGGAGAUACCUAUGCUCAGAGUCUGCCUGUCCAUCCAGCUGAUUGCAUUUUCCCUUACCAUCAUCCCAGCCAACUAGGUCUCUGAGGAACUAGUUUUCUGAAAACUAGUAACAAAGCUUUUCCAAGUUCUCCCUAAUUAAUCAGCCUUGGGUUAGUCUGUAUGCCAAAGUAGUACCCAAGUGACACAGUGAUCUCUGGCCUUGCAUAUUAUUACAGAGGAGUCCUCAUUUCUUGAUACAUUUCUAAAUCUAAUUUCCAAUGGCAUUGGCUUGCAAUGUUAUACCCAAAUGUGUUGUUUUCAACAAUCCUCUUUUGGAAGCCCUAG